AUGGCUUUCUGUAGUUAGAGUAGUAAUGAAGAUUGAAGAGUGGUGGUGGAGUGGAGCCCAGGCGAUUGCCGUGCACAAUUACUCCAAGUAAGGUAACGCUCUUCUCAAACCAAAUGUUAAUCAUGGCAUUGAAGAUUCAGUGCUGUGGGUGGGUGAGCCACAAAGUCAAGCUUAGAUCUUGGUUUUGCCCUUUUUUGUGGGCUUCCCGACCCUUCCAUUUUCUCCGUUUUUCCCAGUAAUUUCUUAGCUAGACGAGCACUUGUUCUUCUGUUUGAAUCCUCAGGCGACCGUGAGACCACCCUCCAUUUCCCCCCACGUUUCAAUUGCUCCGAAUUGAUACUGUCCUGGUCCCUUCAACUGCACAAAGCCAAGGCAUGUAUGACAGAGAGCUAUUUUUCUUUUGUUUUUUUCCCCCUUUUACCCAGUCAUGGUUGAAAUAGUUGAUCAUUUAUAGAAAAAUAUUCCAAUCACUUGUCUUGACUGUAGAAAUAUUAGACUUGCAUUUUCUUUUCUUUUAUACUUCUUGCUUUCCAUUUUCUCUAGAAAACUUUGACAAUAUUAAUUUUCAACUCGCAAGUCUGCUAAUUAUAGGAUUAAUUCAAAGUUUGACGUUGAUUGCAUGACUCCGGAGUUAUUUUAUUUAUUUAUUUUGAAAAAUAGAAAACAAAACCCAAGUAUUUAUUUAUUUUGAGAAUACCAGAUUAUUUUUAUCAUGUUUCUAGAAGCCAUACUUGAUUAUGUCGAAUGCCCGACCACAGUAUACCUUCUAGAAGAUUAGCCACAUGGCUGUGUCAUUUCAUUUCCCAUAUCUUUCAUAAAUACGGUGUCUUUCCCUCAUACUAAUUUAUUCAAUUUUUUUUAUGAGGCUGACCUAUGCAAGAAAAGCUUGUUCUCCUCAAUUCAAACUCUGCAAAUUACCUGACAACCCUAUGCAUAUUACUUACUAUAAAACACUCAAGGUUUGUCCUGGUACGGGAAAUCUUCUGAACAAGGUCGCAAGCUUUCAAAACAUUAACUGAGAAAGGUUCUCUAUCUUUUUCUCCCUCCCAUUUUAGAUAAAGAAAUGGACAGAGUGAAGAACUCUGUUGAUGUGUCUCCUUUCUUGCUAGUGGAAGCUGCGGGUGAUUCUGAGGUUGAUUCCGAUCCCACCAUGUCCACUAUAGAUCUUGUUGAUGAUGAUGAUGAUGCAGAAUCAUGUAGCUGUGAUACAUCUGACCAUUCUUGUGUCAGUGACAUCAUUAAAGGUGCUUGCAGCGAGGUUGAAGCAUACCAGGUCAAUUACAAUGUGGUCGAUGAUGAUGAUGAUGACGAGGAGGAGGAGGAGGAGGGAGUUGAGGUUUGUCAAUCAUGGGUUCAUCAUGUCCAUGUUGGAUUACCAGUGAAGCAAAAGUCAUGUGUUUCAGUGGAUUCAAGCAAUGAAUCGAUGAACGAGAAGGAGAAGGAUAGGUUGUUUUGGGAGGCUUGCUUGGCUUCCUAAUCGAUUCAACUGUGCAGGAUUUCCUUCCUUUUCCAUUUCUAACUCAAGUUUCAGACCAUUUUGAGUUUUAAUGGGUUUCGUUUGUUUGUUUGUUUGUUUUUUAAUGAAUUUUCCCCUGUUUAGGAAAGAGAGGUGAGAGGUUAAACACAGUAUAUUUGUACAUAUGAUAUGCAAAUAGCAGCCUUUUUUUUCCCCCUGCAACACAGUAUAUUUGUCUGUGCAUGUUCCCAGCAAACAUCCACUUGUUUGCAUUUCAGGAGUUCUACUUGAUGAGAAAUCUAAAAAAAAUGUUUUUAAUGGUA